CUUUAAGCGGAGCUGCAACGCACCUGCGCGGCCACACCUGAAGCAACUUCCUGACACUCACAACAACGGGGAGACUUUGAACUGCAGCAUGAUGGAGGAUGUGGGUGGAGCAAAGACGACAGGUGAGGCACAGGAGGAGGAGGAGGAGAGGUCGGCCCGGACGGAGGCCAGUACUCUGCAGUGGUCCCAGUCCAGACAGGCCGGGGGGCAGACAGCGAAGGGCGACAGGCUGAGUGUGAGGUCCGAUGUGUCCCGAGAGGCGGUGAGCUGGACAGAGAGCCAGCGUGAGCUGCAGGUGGAGAAGGAGAAACAGGAGUGGAGAGCAGAGGAGCCGGUGGCAGAUAAGGUGGUGCACCUGGACCUGCUGGAGCACGGCAUGGAGGAGAAUUGUCUUCCAGAGAAGGCAGCUCAGGUGUUCAGCCCUGCCAUCACAGUCCUCCCUGCACCAACCUCCCCCACGGAGAGUGACGCCUGCUGGGAGCAACGGCAAUCCUUCCUGGCUAACCAGGACUACAACCAACAUGGCUACCAGUACGACUGGCCGGAGGAGACCCAGCCUUCCAGAUGUGGGCGGGGCUGCCCGGGUAGAGAUGUUCUGAAAAUGAGCGUGUCCCUGACCACGGCAGCCAUCUUCUUCCCGUUCCUGGUCUGGGGUGGUUUUGUAUUCCUGCCGUUCGAUGCCCCGCUGCUGGACAGUGCCCCCCUCCGGCUGGUUUACACGUUGCGCUGCUCUGUUUUCGCGGCGCUGCCGAUCAUCCUGGGCUGGCUGGUCCUCGGCAUCAGCCGGCUGCGGUGGGGCUUCGUCCAGCCGCAGGUGGAGGAAGGUGAGAAGGAGGCGGAUCAUACGGAUGUGGCUGUCCACAGACGCUUCGUCGCAGACUCGGCUUCGCUCUUCCUGAUUUACUUCCUGCAGCUGGUCGUCAUGGCGAUGUACCUGAGCCAGGAGCUUCUGAAGCUUGUGCCUCUGCUGACCAUCGUGUUCGCCCUGGGAAGGCUGGUCUACUGGGUGUCGGCGGCGUUCGGCAGCAGCAUCCGAGGUUUUGGCUUUGGACUCUCCUUCCUGCCGAGUCUGGUGAUGAUGGUGGCCAACAUCUACUUUAUCUUCACACUUGAGUCGUCUGGCUCCUUCUUCUCGCUGCCGACGGCGCCUGAACGACAGCAGACUGUGCCACCUGGCCGCCAGCGCUUCUGGGGAUAAGCAGUUCAAGAAAGCGAUGAAUAUAUCAUUUUAUUUAGAGAAUGUAUGGAUAGCAGUCAUUUGAUCUGGUCUUGAACGAGGCCACGCAACUAGAGUCAUACGGAGGCCGCACCUGUUUAUCACAUGCUCAACACCACUUUCUGUCACAUGAUCAAAUCCAUCUGGUGAAUAAUGACAGCUGAUGUUUGUUUCAAAUGUUUUACUUGUUUUGUUAUAGCCUUCUAUUUACUGUUUAAUCCUUUCUUUUACUGUAAAAAGUUGAUUAUGAUUUUUUAUAUAAUUUAUGGAAGAGAAAAUAAAAUCAUUGAAAGUCCUCUGUCGUCGUCCACUGGUCAGGUGUGGUAUUGCAGGCACUUCCGCCACAGUGCUCUUAUUCUGGAGGCGGAGUCGGAAGGGCCGCAGGCCCUCGGAGGUGACAGCUGAAGUUACCGUUCGGAAGAGAAACCUCACCAUUUGAGGGAGAGGAGAAGUGGUCUGCAAAUGGAAGGGUCGUCGGGUCAGAUGGAGCCUGCGCCUGCGCAGCGGAGGUGCUGCUUGCGCCUUCUCCGCCUCAGACAGAACUGUCGGAAACAAACACACGGAGCCUCUUCAUCACCUGUGUCGAGCAGGAACUGCGGCUCGCACGCGACUUGCCAGCCAAUCCGCGCGGUCUAUUCACAGCCCCGCCCACCGCAGAGGUCGAGGUCAGGGCCAGAUCAGGGACUGCGCCCAGACGUGCAUAUGGAGGAAGUCCUUCCUGCCUCGGUUAACCCGCAGCGCGACUUGCAGGACGGCGCUGAAGCCUCCAUGGAGUUGGACGAUGAUGUCGACCCUGAAACGGGUGAGCGUGCUCAGGGGUGACGAGUGGACCCGAAGAAAAGCUCUUCUGCAACCGACGCUCACUCCAGGGCCGCUUCUUCUCUGCCUCCGUGCUUCCUGCACAAGGCCUUGAUGUUGCUGAACUGUAAACAUUCCUCUUUUCAAGCUCUCAUCUGUCCACCACAGGACAUCUAUGACGAUGAUGGUGGGAUUACUUUCUGGGGGAAAGGAAAACUGUCAUCAUUCCAGCCACCAGAUCCAAAAUGUUUUGCCAUAAAAACGAUUAGUGACAUCAUCACAGCAGUGGUUAAAUGUAGAAGUAGCAAAGGACAGCAGCUGUGAACUUUCUGGUUGUGUGACUGUUACUCUACAUUUGGUCCUUUUUCUUUGACUACUGAGCAUGAAUAUUUAUAUAUUAUACAUUUUGUCUUUUAUUUGGAAAAAGCUGAACAAUUGUUCAGUCCCACUGUUAAAAAACAAGAGGCUUUUGAAGCAGACGUGUGAAUCGAAGAGAAUCGGUUUAUUUCCUAAACAAAAACAAUAAAUACUCUGAGGUAUAAACAUUUGUACAGGCUACGUGUUGCAGUUUUUCAC